AUGACUACCAACGGCCGAGCAACGAAGCUUCCCAUAAUCCCUCUGGCUAAAGGAACGCUUCUCCUGCCUGGAACGACCCUGAGGAUUCCCCUCACCGACCGCUUUGAUAUCCCUAUUCUCCUCACGUCCUUGUUUAGUCGAACCCCUCAAAGGCACGGCAACACCCCCGUCAUCGUUGGGUGUGUACCCCUCGGCUCACCUCUCCUCUCAAAGGAUGGACAGCACUUGCUAGACAAUAGGGAGAAGGAAUCCAAGCGUGGAAAAGAGUCUAUGCAGAUUGAUUUGUCGCGUGUCUCAAAGGGUGAUCUGUUUGGAUACGGGACAGUUGCCAAAGUGAUCGGCGUGCAGGGGCGGCCGCAUUCCGAGCCCUACAUGCUGGUUGAAGGAGCAAAGCGGUUUGCACUUCGAAGAGUCACAAAAGAGCAACCACAUUUGGAAGCUGAGGUUAUGAUCUUUGAUGAGCCUGUACCUCAUUCUAUCGAUGCCAAAAUACCUGACCUUUUUGACCAACUUAAACAGCUGUCUCGAGAAUUUCUGGCUCUUUUGAGGCUUGCCUCCAUGUUUUCGUCGAAAUCAGGAAUGUCACCACUCGUUGCGAGAAGAUUCGAGCUUCUCAUUUCGAAGAAAGAACUUUCCCAAGCCGGCAGUCUAGCUGAUUUUAUGGCGGAGAUAGCAGAUGGGACUUAUGAAGAAAAAUUGCGAGUUCUAGCCUCGUUGGAUUUAAAGGAUCGACUUGAACGAGUUAUUGAGAUGCUUUCCAAACAGGUGCAAUCUAUCAAGAAUGUCAUCCAAGUGACUACGGUGUCUACAAAUAGUUUGCCAGCAAAUUUCGGAAUUGACAUUAGCACUUUAGAUCCGCGUCAGCGCGAAAUGAUUGGUCGACGAACCCCUGGCACUGCUACUCCUUUUGGAAAAGGUGACGGUGAAGGUGACAAAGAGACCAAUGAGAUCGACGAACUUCAGCAGAAACUCCAGAAUGCUCAGUUAAGUUCUGAAGCACAGAAGGUUGCCGAUAGGGAGAUAAAGCGCCUACGACAAAUGAAUCCUAUCAAUGCAGAGUAUGGUGUUUGCCGUACGUAUUUAGAAAACUUAGCAGAAAUACCUUGGACGAAGGUUACUGAAGACCAACUUGGCGUUGAAACAUUAAAGCGGGCACGAAGACAGCUGGAUGAUGAUCAUUAUGGCCUUGAGAAAAUUAAGAAGCGCCUUUUGGAAUACCUCGCAGUUUUGAAGCUUAAACAAUCACUCAACACUGAAGUUGAGGAUGAAAUCUCCAGGCUUUCUGCCAAUUUGCCCACAAUAGAAGACAAUUCGGAUGAAAAGGAACCGAUCUCAGACCCGGAAAGAACUAGUAUCGAAACGAAACUACAAAUCUUGAAGUCAAAGCGAAAGACUGACAAAUCACCGAUUCUCCUGCUUGUUGGCCCCCCCGGUACAGGUAAGACUAGUCUUGCAAAAUCAAUUGCUACCUCAUUGGGACGUAAAUUUCACCGCAUUUCACUUGGAGGUGUCAGGGAUGAAGCCGAAAUCCGCGGUCACCGAAGAACAUAUGUCGCAGCGAUGCCAGGCCUCAUUGUGAAUGGGUUAAAGAAAGUCGGGGUCGCUAACCCUGUAUUCUUACUCGACGAAAUCGACAAAGUGGGCGGUGCAAAUUUCCACGGCGACCCUUCAGCAGCGAUGCUCGAAGUGUUGGACCCUGAACAAAAUCACAGCUUUUCUGAUCACUAUAUCAAUAUUCCUAUUGAUUUGAGCAAGGUUCUAUUUAUUGCUACUGCAAAUUCGCUGGAUACAAUACCGGCUCCAUUACUUGACCGCAUGGAAACAAUCCAGCUGUCGGGCUACACGACCAUCGAAAAACGACAUAUUGCUAGGAGGCACCUUGUCCCAAAACAAGUCAGAACUAAUGGCCUUUCUGAGGGACAGGUUGAUUUGUCAGAUGAAGUUCUUGACAAGGUCAUAACCUCAUACACUCGAGAGUCUGGUGUUCGUAAUCUGGAAAGAGAGAUUGGAUCCGUCUGCCGCUUUAAGGCAGUCCAAUAUUCUGAUGCAAAGGAUGCUGAAACUGCCACUGCAUACGACCCUAAGGUGACGAUCGAAGAUUUAGAUGAAAUCCUUGGUACAGAAAAAUUCGAUGAGGAAAUUGCAGAGAAGCACUCGCGUCCUGGCAUUGUUACCGGCCUUGUUGCCUAUUCAAGUGGAGGCCAAGGUAGUAUUCUAUUCAUCGAAGUUGCUGACAUGCCAGGAAAUGGAAGUGUGCAGUUAACCGGCAAGCUGGGAGACGUUCUGAAAGAGUCUGUUGAAGUUGCUCUAACCUGGGUCAAGGCACACUCAUUCGAACUUAGUCUUACCCAGGACCCUAAUGAAGAUAUUAUGAAGCAUCGAAGCCUUCAUGUCCACUGCCCAUCAGGUGCUAUUCCUAAGGAUGGCCCGUCUGCGGGUUUAGCACAUACAAUCGCCCUAGUUUCUCUUUUCUCGGGCAAAACCGUUCCACCAGAAAUUGCUAUGACAGGAGAAAUAUCUCUCCGCGGUCGAGUCAUGCCUGUUGGUGGUAUUAAAGAGAAGCUCAUUGGCGCUCAUAGGGCCGGCGUGAAGACCGUUCUUCUGCCAGACCAUAAUCGCAAGGAUGUCAGAGAUGUUCCAGUUGAAGUGCAAAGUGGCAUCGAGAUUGUAUAUGUCAAGCACAUCUGGGAAGCUAUUCGGCGUAUUUGGCCCCACGAUCAUUGGCCUGGAGAACAUCGCCAUCCGGUCUUUGAAAGUAGGCUAUAA